GCCAAACUACGAGUCUUGAUGUGUUUGAGUAGGGUUUUCUGGCGGGGGGAAGGGUUUGUCGACUGCAGUUUGAUGCAUGUACGAUGGGAUGGGCUGAGAGGCCAUCUUGCUUCUUUUAUCUUCUGGGGGAUAGUCUGGCAUAUAUUGAUUGCAUGAUACGAUGGCUGAUCGUGGCAUUGGGUUCGUUCUUCCGAGAUUUGUUUUCUGGUGGAUUAUUUGAGGCAAGGUCUCGUUGCACGGAGGAGGGCGCGAGCAAUGGCAAUGGGUCUUUUUUUUGGCUUUUUCGUACCCAACUUCAAGACUGAGAGUCUUCAUCUCCUAAACCCAUCGCCCAGUCCUCUCUUGCGAUACCGACUGCAGUCUGGCGAUGAUGUCAUCGCAGGGCUGAUGGGUCCAUGAAAUACCGUGCUCUAGCGAAACGGGACAUUCCGUCAGGACCGCCAAAUCCCCGCUGCGUCAACCGCAUACCCCACCACGACAAGACAAAAACAAAAUGCCACACCUCACACCCCCCACCAACGACACUAUCUACCUGUCGAACCUCACGCUGACAACCACCAUAGCCCCCGGCGAUGUGUGGAGCCGCGCGGGCAAGCCCACACCCGUAAUCCUCUCCCUCCGCCUCCUCCUUCCCUCGCAAGACCUCGCGCGGCCCGGCCACAGCGACAACGUCGAGCACACCAUCUCCUACGGCACCCUCGCCAAGGAGGUGACGAAAGCGAUCGCCGCUCGUGGCAGCUUCGCAUCGCUCCGCGAGUUCGCGGAGCAUGUGAGCCUUGCGUCGCUGGUCCUUGCGGGGAGGAAGGAUGUGGCCGUGGAGACGAGGAGUGUUCUCCCCGAAGGACUGCUGUUGGCCGAGGGCGUGGGCGUUGAGAUGCGACUGGUCGGCGACCCGAAGAUGAUGAGCGAGCUGGCCAACGCCGUGCUGUUCGUCGACCGCCUGAGGGUCGCCUGCGUCGUCGGCGUCAACUCCCACGAGCGCUUGCAGAAACAGUGGGUCGUCAUCAACCUCCGCCUGUGGCAGUUCCCCGAGGAGAUGUGGACUACAUAUCCCGCGGCUAUGAAGGUGGUUGUCGAUACGGUGGAGCAAUCCGAGUUCUUGACGAUCGAAACCCUGGCGACUGAGAUCGCGAGGGUGAUGUGUGUGCAGUUCGCGGUCGAAAGAAUCACGGUGGCGGUCGAGAAGCCGAGUGCCCUGACGUUUGCGAAAGGAUCGGGAGUGGAGGUUACCAGGAGUAGGAGGUUUUUUGUACAGGAGUAGAGCGUUCCCAUCUCCACGGCGAUCACAGGCAAGCCUUUUGGCUAAAAGGAUAGAUAAUACUUGGUCACCAUCAAGCUUCUGGAUGAACGGGGACGUGAACUCGGCGAAUGUGGGGUGUGUGGGGUGUGUGUGGGGUGUGGGAGUUGUGGGAGUUGUGAGCCACGGUAGUUGAAAUAUAAACUCAUCAAGAGGGUGAAGGCGUAUCCACC